AAGAUGUUCACCGUGCUGAACCGCCAACCCUGUGAGCAAACAGGGUUCAAGGCCCUCUCCCGAACUACAGCCAUCAUUGCCUUGGUGGUCUUGCUUGUGAGUGUUGUGGUGCUUGUGGCUAUCACGCUCAUCCAGAUUCACCAGAAAGAGGUCCUCCCUCCAGGACUGAAGUAUGGAAUCGUGCUGGAUGCUGGAUCUUCCAGAACAACAGUCUACGUCUAUCAGUGGCCAGCAGAGAAGGAGAAUAAUACCGGAGUGGUCAGUCAAACCUUCAGAUGUAGCAUGAGAGGUUCUGGGAUCUCCAGCUAUGGGAAUAACCCCCAAGAUGUCUCCAAAGCCUUUGAGGAUUGCAUGCAAGAAGUCAAGGAGCAGAUUCCAGCCCACCUCCAUGGAUCCACUCGCAUUCACCUGGGAGCCACAGCAGGGAUGCGCUUGCUGAGGUUGCAAAAUGAAACAGCAGCUAAUGAAGUCCUUGCAAGCAUCCAAAACUACUUCAAGUCCCAGCCCUUUGAUUUUAGGGGUGCUCAAAUCAUUUCUGGGCAAGAGGAAGGGGUGUAUGGAUGGAUUACAGCCAACUAUUUAAUGGGAAAUUUCCUGGAGAAAAACCUGUGGCGUAUGUGGGUGCAUCCACAUGGAGUGGAGACUACAGGAGCCCUGGAUUUAGGUGGUGCCUCCACCCAAAUAUCUUUUGCUGUGGAAGAAAAGGCAGGGCUGAACACCAGCGGCAUCACGCAGGUGUCCCUCUAUGGCUACGUGUACACCCUGUAUACACACAGCUUCCAAUGCUAUGGACGGAACGAGGCUGAGAAGAAGUUUCUGGCAAUGCUUCUUCAGAAUUCUCCCACCAAAAGCAACGUCAUCAAUCCCUGUUAUCCUCGGGAUUAUAUCACCACCUUCACUAUGAGCCGCCUGUUUGACAGCCUGUGCACGCUGGACCUGAAGCCGGCCAGUUACAACCCCAACAACAGCAUCACUUUUAAAGGAACCGGGGACCCAUUGCUGUGUAGGGAAAAGGUGGCUUCCCUAUUUUACUUUGAAGCUUGCCAUGGCCGAGAAGCCUGUUCCUUUAAUGGAGUUUAUCAGCCAAAAAUUAAAGGGCCAUUUGUGGCUUUUGCAGGAUUCUACUACACAGCCAGUGCUUUAAAUCUUUCAGGUAGCUUUUCCCUAGACACCUUUAACUCAAGCACCUGGAAUUUCUGCUCACAGAAUUGGAGUCAGCUCCCGCUGCUGCUCCCCAGAUUUGAGGAGGAGUACGCCCGCUCCUAUUGCUUCUCAGCCCACUACAUCUACCACUUGCUCGUCAGUGGAUACAAAUUCACCGAGGAGACCUGGCCCCAAGUCCAUUUUAAAAAAGAAGUGGGGAACAGCAGCAUAGCCUGGUCUCUUGGCUACAUGCUCAACCUGACCAACCAGAUCCCAGCUGGAAGCCCUCUGGUCUACCUGCCCAUACAGCCACCCGUCUUUGUGGGCAUUCUCGCCGCCUUUGCAGCAGUGGCCUUGCUGUGCCUGGCAUUUCUUGUGUACCUGUGUGCAAUGCCCAGGAUACGGAAGCCCUCCCAGCAUUCCUUCGAUUAUGCAGUGGAUUCUGAAUGA